AAAAUUUCCUCUUCCUCUCCAGUUCUCACUUCCUUUUACUUUCCCCUUCUCUCCUCCUCCCCCCACCACCAGCACUACCACCACCACCACAGUACCCACGAGCCUUUUUUUUCCUCCGGUUUGUUGAUCUGCCCGUUCCGCUUCUUGGGUCUCGAUCUUCUCGCCUCCGGAGCACGUCCGCAGCGCGAGCGCGAGCGAAAGGCGCGGUCUUUGGUGGGAAUUCUCAAAUGGGUCUUCUUGGGUCGGGGAGAUGGGGGAAGCCGUGCCCCGUGCGCGCGCUGGAGUCCCGGCGCUUUUGAUGCUAUGUGAUUGUCCCUGCUGGGUUGGUCGCGGGCGGGGCGAUUCGCGGGCGUCGGGUUUUUGAUUGUUGGUUUCUGGGUCGUGCCGCGGCGUGGGCGAUUUUUUUUUUUUUUUUUGUGAUUUGAUAUGGGUGGGUGCUUCCCUUGUUUUGGAUCAUCCAAGGGCAACGAUGGGAGUGGAGUGAAGGAAGUGAGCAAGAAGGAUUCAGCUAAAGAGGCCUCGACUGCUCACUCUCAUCAUGUGAGCAGGGUCAGCUCAGACAAAACAAAAUCUCGAAAUGGUUCUGACCCCAAAAAGGAAGUACCAAUGCCAAAAGAUGGACCAACUGCUCAUAUUGCUGCGCAAACAUUUACCUUUCGAGAGCUUGCUGCUGCGACAAAAAAUUUUAGACCAGAAUCUCUACUGGGUGAAGGAGGAUUUGGUCGUGUAUAUAAAGGCCGGCUAGAGAGUACAGGCCAGGUAGUUGCUGUUAAGCAGCUUGACCGAAAUGGCCUGCAAGGAAAUAGAGAAUUUUUGGUAGAGGUUCUCAUGCUCAGCCUAUUACACCACCCGAAUCUUGUCAACCUGAUCGGUUAUUGUGCUGAUGGGGACCAACGCCUCCUUGUUUACGAGUUUAUGCCACUAGGAUCAUUGGAGGAUCACUUGCAUGAUCUUCCUCCGGAUAAGGAGCCUCUGGACUGGAACACAAGGAUGAAGAUAGCAGCUGGAGCAGCCAAGGGCUUGGAGUAUUUGCACGACAAAGCAAAUCCUCCAGUUAUAUACAGAGACCUAAAAUCCUCCAACAUCCUUCUUGACGAGGGCUUUCACCCCAAAUUGUCAGAUUUCGGGCUUGCGAAGCUGGGGCCUGUUGGGGACAAAACUCAUGUCUCGACUCGUGUUAUGGGAACAUAUGGUUAUUGUGCUCCUGAAUACGCAAUGACCGGCCAACUAACUCUAAAAUCUGAUGUCUACAGCUUUGGAGUUGUCUUUCUUGAACUCAUCACUGGGCGCAAGGCAAUUGACAACUCAAGGGCUCCUGGGGAGCAUAAUCUUGUGGCAUGGGCUCGGCCACUCUUCAAAGACCGCAGGAAGUUUCCCAAGAUGGCCGACCCUCUACUACAAGGGCGGUACCCAAUGCGUGGACUUUACCAAGCUCUAGCAGUUGCUGCGAUGUGCCUGCAAGAACAGGCAGCCACGAGGCCUUUGAUAGGAGAUGUCGUGACAGCUCUUACAUAUUUGGCCUCCCAAACUUACGACCCCAACUCAGCUUCUGCCCAAAGCAAUCGAGUAGGUCCUUCUACUCCGAGGAUGAAAGAUGACCGAAGGGGCACGGCUGAGGGUUUGGAUAGCCCGGAUGGGUAUCGGGGUUCCCCUUCUACUCAUAGGAAUUCGCCGGAUUUCAGAAAGAGAGAUCAAGUGAGGCAAUUGACUACUGGAGCUGAGCUGGGUCGCAGUGAGACUGGCGGUGGGUCUGGGAGGAAGUGGGGUCUGGAUGACUUCGAGCGGGUGGACUCCCACCGAGACAGCCCUGGGAGUGCAGGCCGAGGGAGAGAGACUCCAAGGAACCGUGACCUGGACAGAGAACGCGCGGUGGCGGAAGCGAAAGUAUGGGGCGAGAACUGGAGGGAGAGAAAGCGUGCAGGUGCUGUGGGUAGCUUCGAUUCUACAAACGAGUAGCCACGCUGAAACUCUCUGCCGCUGCCAUGUUGGCUUUUACUUGAUCAUGAAAAGGCUGCUUCUGGAUCAAACUAAAGGCGUUAUGAAUAAGGGCUUCGUUGUGUCCGUCUUUGAUGAUGCUUGUCCAUUUCCUUUUCUGUCAAUUCUUCUAGCUAAAACAUCCACAUUAUUAUGUGAAGUACAGGAAGAAAAAAAGCUCCCAAAAAAACAAAAAAAAAGGAGAGGGUUUUGGUAUAUUGGGAAGUAUGGUGCUGUAAUGUCCUUGUUAGCCCACUAUGCCUCAGGAUUCAUAUGCACUUGGUAUGUAAGUAGGAUUUCUUCCAGUUCAUGCUGAAAAAGGAGAGGGGAGAAUGUCUCAUUUUUGCCCCCCUCGAACGUGUUCUGUACAUGAUAUCACUUGGUGUGGAAUUCCCGACUGCUGCACCCCUUUUUCCA